GCCAACACAGGUAUGGAUCAACCAGUUACUGGACGAUCGUCGUUUUCUCAAAAAGUUGACCUGCCAUCGCUUUCAAGUUUAGACUCAAGCUUUAGCAGCACAGCCUCAACAUUAAAACCCGAUAAGAUCCAGAUUUCAUCAUUCUAAAAGCACGAAAUUUGCCCCUGAUAAGCUUUUAUCAGCCUCUUUCUAAGGUUUCCAUCUAUGCUGCCAAAGAGUUCUUAUCUCUUUUUUUUUGAGGGGAAUUACCUCUUUUUGAUAACGUUUGGAGAAGUAAGUCGUCAUAUAAGCAGAUAUGUCUUCUCCGGCUACCCCAGACUGGGAGAGUGAAGAUCUCGGCUAUGACAGUGAAUUUGUUGACUUGAACUUAAUCUCAUUUUUGGAAAAACAAAAAUUUAACGGUUUGCAAGAUGAAAACGGAGAGUUUUUGAGCCCCAUUGAAAGGAGCAGUUUACUGGAAACCUGGCUUUUGAGACUUGAACUAGGUUUUAAAGUUUUCAACGUUUCAGAAGAUCUUAAGACCAGUUUUGUCAUUCUUGCGGUGGAUGGUGAUACUAAACAUUGGCUAGGCCUAGAAGAAAAAGCAGGACGCAAGUUAAAAGAUUUAAGCUGGGAUGAGUUUAAGGAAAAAAUGAAAACUGAAUACCACAAGAACCCUGACAAGGAUACUCGCUACUAUCUUGAUCAGUUUUUUGAAUUAAGAUGGGAACCAAGCACGACAUUUUCAGAUUACAACAGUAAGUUUGAAAAGCUCAGAGCUCAAUGCUGCGGAGAGCUGAACAAUCAUGGGGUAGUGGCAAAAUAUAUCCAUGGUUUACCUCACUUUGUGAGAAGGAAGAUUGAUUUAGAAGGAUGUACUAGGGUGUGGGAAGUCCAGGAGAAGGUCCUCUGCUUGAGUUCCGAGUGGAAAAAGCCGAAUAGGGAUGUUACUUACGGAGAUUCUUGUGCACUGAGACCAAUGCAUCACCAUCACCAUAGGGGGUUUAAAACUAAAGGCUGGGGACACCGUGGCCAACACGGAGGGUACAAGAGACACUAUCAUUGAUCUUCGAGGAGAAUUUUUGGCACCGAAGCAAUUUUCAAAGUUUACAAUUAUUGCUUUUUGAAUAUUUAGCUAAUUUUUUGUUUAAUCAAUUAUAUGGAUCUUCUAU